AUGUCAAAUCCAAAUUUUAAAAGCACAAAACUGAUAUUGAAAGAAGCCCAAUCUUCAUCUACUGUGUCAACUUCGCUUGCUACAUAUACUACACCUGUUAUAUCAACUAAAUCUACUAUUUCUAAUAUUAGUGAUGUGAAAACUAAAGUAGCAUAUUACUAUAAAAAAGCCAAAAAUAAAAACACAGAAUUGGCGAAUAAAAAUUGGAUGAGAAAAUUUGAGGAAUUUCAUAGUAAUUCUGGAUAUUUAAUUUUAUUGACUGUUCUUAACAAUAAAAAACAACUUGAGGAACAAAUUGUUGAAUUUAUUUCUAUAAUGAAAAAAAAGGAUAGAAAUGAAUAUAAAACCAAUUCUGUAAAACAAGCUGUUGAUGCAAUUAGUCGUUACCUUCUUUAUAAUUCACCCAUCUCAUCUGUUAAUUUACAUGAUCAAUAUAUGUUUUCUGACUUGUAUGAUGUUUUACAUAAUAAAAUGUGUGACCUUCAAGAGCAUGGAUUUGGUGAAGUUUCAGGAUCUAUUGCUCUUAAUUCUAACCAAGUUCAAGAAAUAUUGCAACAUUCAAUGAUAAGUCAUAGUAGUCCUUUAAAUCUCUUGUAUCAUGUCUUUUUUCAUCUAUCAAUUAUUCUUGCAAUGCGUGGAGGAGAGCAUUAUGAGCUUAAAGUUGAUCAAUUUAAAUCUGAUGAUUAUGGAGUGGGGCUACAAAAGGGUCAAGCUCAUGUGAUUUCAAUUUCUCAAGAUAAUAUUGGACCCUGUGUUUGGUAUAAAAAAAAACAUAUUGGAAAAAAUAAAUUAAUGAAAUUUAUGCAAGAAAUUGGUCAUAUUACAAAAAUUGAUAUUCUAGUUGAACUACUUUCUAACUAUUCUGAAUGUAAAACUGCCACUCAAUGUUUACAAGAUCAUGAAAUUCCAGAACAGGCAAUUAUAGAACUUACAGAUCAACAACUUCAUACAUCAAAUAUGUUGAUAAAUCUUACUGAAGGUUCUUUUAAUGAUAAUUUACAAUCACGAGUUCCUCUUCAAGAAAUUACUUCUGAUUGA